CUUAAAAGGGCAGCGGCGCGGUGGGCCCCGCCCGGCGGCGGGGAGGUUCCGGGGCGGCGGCGGCACCGGCGCAUGGCGGCGCUUCCGCUGGGGGCGGCGCGGCGGCACCAUGAACUACAUGCCCGGCACGGCCAGCCUCAUCCAGGACAUCGACAAGAAGCACCUGGUCCUGCUGCGGGACGGCCGCACGCUCAUCGGGUACCUGCGCAGCAUCGACCAGUUCGCAAACUUGGUGUUGCACCAGACUGUGGAGCGCAUCCAUGUGGGCAAGAAGUAUGGGGACAUCCCUCGAGGCAUCUUUGUUGUGAGAGGCGAGAAUGUUGUUCUGCUGGGGGAAAUAGACCUGGAGAAGGAGAGCGACACGCCUCUGCAGCAGGUCUCCAUUGAGGAGAUCCUGGAGGAGCAGCGAGUGGAGCAGCAGGCCAAGCAGGAGUCAGAGAAGCUGAAAGUGCAGGCGCUGAAGGAGCGGGGCCUCUCUGUCCCACGGGCAGACACCCUGGACGAGUACUAGAUGUGCUGCCCUUCGGACCUUCCUUCCAUGGCAGAGCGAGGGGUGCUCCGUGAUCCUCCCGCACAUGGGCAGAUCUCUUUGGAAAGGUGGAUUUUAUUUUCAGAUUGUUUUCUGUGGUGCAGAUAACUAAAAAAAAAAAAAAACCAAUGCCUUUAGUUUCUCCUUGCGGAGAAGGAGAGAAGGCAUUUGGCUGACCUAGGUGGCCAGGUGCGCUGGGGAGCUGGGGUGCGUGAGCAUUUGUGUUUGGGAGGCAAAUCACUUGGUCCUUCAGGUUUGUUUGCUUUUUCCUUCUCACGUGGCCCUGGGUGAGAGUUUUCCUUGAUGUGUAAAUAAAUCUUUGAUUUCAACAA